UUAUCUUUAUCCGCCCAUAGUUUCGUUUGAGAUCGCAACGUUUGUUCUCCACAUCUGUCUCUCUCUCUUCUCUCUCUCUCUCAUUGAUCGACUUCCCUCGAUUCUCUCUCGUAAUCUUCUCUAACCUCUCUCUCGCGAAUUUACUUGUCGUAAUCUAUCUUUCCAUGCCAGCUUGGCCCAUCAGACCCAAGUCGUUUUAACAUUCCUUGCAUACUAAUCUAAUGUGGUUUUUUUUCUUUUCAAUUCCAACUAUGUUGACUUGUUUUUUUUCCCUGAUUUGCAUUCUGGGUCGUCCAAUUAUUCCUUCCAAUUCCCAAAUUCUGAGCUUCUGAUGUUAUUGCUGUAAAUCCAAUCUUUUAUUGACCAUCCACACAUACAAUAGAAAUCCUGACAAAACCAAAUCUUUCUUCCCCCACUUUUUUUUUGUUUUGUUUUGUUUUGCUAAUUGAAUUCCUUGGUUUGUUGUAAUGCGCACAUUCCAAUCUAGGGUUACCGAUUAUUUUUGUUCUAUUGAGUUUUGGGUUCCUGGGUUUGUUUCAAUUCAUACAUUCCAAUCUGGGUUUGUGCUCGAUUCGACAAUAAGCGAUUGAUAACGAAAUCUCUAUUUUUUUCACACUUUUGGGUGUUCUAAUUGCUGGGUUUGUCUCAAAAUAUGGUCACUGUCAAUAUUGGGAUGCUCCAUUAUGUAUUGGACCAUGUGUACGGUGCAUUUGUUCACAGAACAAAGAUAAGCCCACCAUUUUUCUCCAGGGGAUGGGGUGGAACAAAGCUUGAUCUUUUGGAGAGAUUGAUCAAGCAGCUGUUCCCUGAGGUUGAAGGACAGAACUGGCCUCCUGCUUUGGUUCAACCCAUUUGGAGCACAGUUUGGGAAACUAAGACUGCUUGUCUAAGGGAAGGGGUCUUUAGGACUCCUUGUGAUGAGCAAAUUCUAAGUGCAUUGCCCCCUGAAUGUCAUAAUGCUAGGGUUGCUUUCCUUUUGCCGAAAUUGGUGCCACCCGAAAAGAUGGCUUGUGUGGUUCAUCUGGCAGGUACUGGGGACCACACUUUUGAGCGGAGAUUGCGUCUUGGAGGACCUUUAUUGAAGGAAAACAUAGCAACAAUGGUUCUCGAGAGUCCUUUUUACGGAAAAAGGCGUCCCAUGCUUCAGCAUGGUGCAAAACUCUUGUGCGUAAGUGACUUGCUUUUACUAGGAAGAGCUACCAUUGAAGAGGCCCGCAGCCUUCUGUAUUGGUUAGACACUGAGGAAGGGUAUGGCAAGAUGGGUGUUUGUGGACUUAGCAUGGGGGGAGUACAUGCUGCUAUGGUUGGUUCAUUACACCCUACGCCGGUUGCUACUCUCCCAUUUCUUUCUCCGCACUCUGCUGUUGUGGCAUUUUGUGAAGGGAUAUUAAAGCAUGCCACUGCAUGGGAGGCAUUAAGAGAAGAUCUCGCAGUGCAGAAGGCUGCAAUGACACUCGAGGAAGUGAGAGAGAGAUUGCGACAUGUAUUAUCUCUCACAGAUGUCACUCGAUUUCCAAUCCCAAAAAAUCCCAAUGCUUGCAUAUUCGUUGCUGCCACUGAUGACGGGUACAUCCCAAAACACUCGGUGUUGGAGCUUCAAAGAGCUUGGCCUGGCUCAGAAGUGAGAUGGGUUAACGGUGGGCAUGUCUCGUCCUUCCUUCUUCGCAACGGUGAGUUCAGAAAAGCAAUUGUUGAUGGUCUCAACAGAUUACAGUGGAAGGAGUCUUCUUUGUGAUGGGCACAACACUUGAAUGGGAGACGCUCCUUUUCUGCAAAGGACUCCAUGCUAAACACCCCGAGGGAUUGUACUGUAAGAAGCAUGAGUGAUCGUACUAUCAUUAUUGAACCUGGCAUCUGCAAAGGAAUUGGCCUUACUCGAUUAGAGAUUGAUUCCAUGUAAUGCUAGCAACAACUUUCUUGCUUAUAGUGUAAUCUUCCAGGAUGUCACGCAUGGAUUCGUUGGAUUUGCAGAUAAGGAGGCAGACCCUGGAGCUGGGGAUAAUCGCCCGCCUCUGUCGUAAAUUGUUGGUAUUUUUCUUCAUUUCAAAUCCUCAUUAGACCUGUGCGGUGGGACUAAUACUGAUGUACGUGAAACACCACACGAAGGUUAGAAACAAAAGGGGAGCUUAUAUCCUUGUUUACCUCAUUUAUGUGUUACUGAUUCAAACUUUUCUCAACUUUUGGGGAAGAAUGUACACUAAUUUGUUUAACCCAUAAAUUGCUGAAGUUUUUAACACCA